UCAGACCUAGAGCCAAUAAAGAUGAGGUCGUCGUUGCUGUGUUUAACGCUUCUGGCUGUGGCAGCGGUAGUAGCGAAUGGUGAAGAUACGCUUCCAUCAGCUCAACCCUGCAGAGCCGCUUCAUGCAGUAUUCCUGAGUGUCAAUGCUCAAGUACUAGUAACUCUUUGGGAUUAGCUCCAAAAGAUACGCCUCAGUUUGUAACAUUAACAUUUGACGACGCAGUCACUAUAAACAACAUAGAAACAUAUAAAAAACUAAUUUACGAUCGCAAAAACGCUAACGGUUGCCCAAUCGGUACCACUUUCUUUGUCAGCCAUGAAUAUACCAACUACCAAUUGGUCAAUGAUUUGUACAACCAUGGUUUUGAGAUAGCCCUUCACUCAAUCACUCAUAGGUCGAAUCAAACUUAUUGGGCAAGAGCCUCUUAUGAAGACAUCGCGAAAGAAAUUGGAGAGCAAAAAGAACAACUGUCUUACUUCAGCAACAUUCCCAUCAGUGAAAUUAAAGGUGUACGUGCGCCUUUCCUGCAAACUUCAGGCAACCCUUUCUACCAAGUAAUUAAAGACUAUGAUCUUCUAUACGAUUCUUCGCGGCCUACGGUAACUUACCGGAAUCCCGGUUUAUGGCCUUACACUUUGGACUACGCCUCUACUCAGGAUUGUCCUAUUGGUCCUUGCCCAACAGCCUCCAUCCCUGGAGUUUGGGUGACCCCUUUGAUUAGUUGGGCAGAUUUAGAGGGGUUCCCUUGCUCCUUUGUUGACGCUUGCGUUUUCACCCCAAAUCAUGAUGACGAAGAUGCGUGGUAUGAAUUCAUUCUUGAAAACUUUGAAAGGCAGUAUGACGGUACUCGCGCUCCGUUCGGUUUCUACAUCCACGAGUGGUAUCUUUCUAUUCACCCUGCUGUACUCAGGGCUCUAAACCGUUUCAUUGAUACGAUCACAAAGCUAGACGACGUCUUUAUGGUCAAUGAAAAAGAAGUGAUCGAAUGGACGAAGAAUCCAGUGAAUGUUGAAGAAUACCGAACGAAGAACUGCAAGACAAUCUCGCCUAGCCCUUGUUCUUCUCCGCAUGUUUGCACAUUAACUGCCGAACACAAUGGCGUAGAAUACUGGAUGUCAGUCUGCACUGCGUGUCCCUUGGUAUACCCCUGGCUUGGAAAUUCUCUAGGAAAAUAAAUUACAAGUUUGCUUUAAAAAUAAAAGUAUUAAAAAAAUUAAGACUGGCAGUUAAUUCCUCUGACGUAGCCAGGCUUCUGGGCGCGGCACUUAAUGUUACUCUUUUAUUUGUAUUUUAAUCCUUUUUAUUCUUUACUACCUUAUUUAGUUUG